GCUCAGCACCCUGUCUCUCAGAGUUGCUCUCUCUCUUCCUCUCUCUGCCUCUCUCCCUCUUGCUCUCUGUUUCCUUCUCUCUCCCUCUCUCUCUCUCCCUCCUACUUUCUGCCUGUGAGUGAGAGAGCUGAGGGAUUCAGAAGGUGCGUCUCAAAUCUACUUGUAGUCCGCUUGGAGACAGCACUAAAGAACUUAUUGUCCCUGCUCAGCAAGACAAAAAAAAGAAAAAGCACAUGGACUACAUUUUAAUCCGAGACAAAAACAAACUAAAAGAAUUGAGCCUUAGCCAGUCCUGAAAAAAGAAAUAGAGCUUUACUUUUCCUUAUGCAGAUAUUGUUUUAUUUCAUCUAAAUUACAAGGCAAUUUCCUUAAUUUCUGGGGACAUGAACAUCUGAAGGGGAGGAAACAGUGUGGAAGAAACCUGCCUGAAAAUAAUAUAUAUUGAUCCUUAAAUAUAUAUUAUUGCAUUCUUCUUCAUUCCGCAGGAGAAGGACUGCGGGCUGUGACUCCAGGAGGCUGACGACAUGCAGCUGCUGGUGGUGUGCAUGCUGCUGCUCCUGGGGGGGCGGGCCCUGGGCGGAGGGUACCCCCCCAUGCCUCAGAUGAAGUACAUCCAGCCUAUGAUGAAGGGGCCUGUGGGGCCACCCUUCAGGGAGGGCAAGGGCCAGUACUUUGAUGUUCCACCAAUGAUGGAGGUAAAAGGAGAGCCUGGCCCACAAGGAAAGCCUGGCCCCAGGGGCCCGUCUGGUCCCCCAGGCCUCCCAGGAAAACCAGGGCUUGGAAAACCAGGACUCAAUGGCCAGCCAGGCCCCCAGGGGCCCCCAGGAUUCUCUGGAAUUGGGAAGCCAGGUUUACCUGGUCUUCCGGGAAAACCAGGGCUAAAGGGCACAGCUGGGGCAAUUGGCGAGGCUGGUCAAAGAGGGGAGCCUGGACUAAGGGGGUUACCUGGCCAGCCUGGGCUCCCGGGGCCUGCUGGUCUGUCUCUGAAUGGCAAGCCAGGGCUUCCAGGAGGAAGGGGUGUCCCAGGAUCUCGUGGGGAGCCUGGACAGAAAGGUGGCCCCGGAGUGCCUGGCGAUCGCGGGUUGAAGGGGGAGAAUGGCAAUGGCAAAACAGGCCCACCAGGUAUUAGGGGGGCCCCUGGUACUAGAGGUCUUCCUGGAGCUCCAGGCCUACAGGGUGUGGGGAAACCAGGCCUGAACGGGUUGCCUGGGCCAGGUGGGCAUAAGGGUGAUCAAGGGGUUCCAGGAUUACAAGGCGGACCAGGAGAACCUGGGGCCCCAGGAUUACAGGGCCAGCCAGGGCUAAAUGGAAUAGGAAAACCUGGAUCAGAUGGCUUGCCUGGGGUUCUAGGUCCCCAGGGACCGAAGGGAGAGCCAGGAUUGAGGGGUAUGCCAGGGUUCCCAGGGAGCCCUGGCUAUGGAAAGCCUGGAUUAAUUGGGCAGAAAGGAGACCGUGGCCUCCCAGGGUUGUCAGGUGGCCCUGGGGAGAAGGGGGUACCAGGAAUGGAAGGACAGCCAGGUGACACAGGUCUGGAUGGACUUCCAGGACCACCAGGUAUUCAGGGCCCUAUGGGGCUCCCAGGAAAGCAUGGGCUACCUGGUCUAAAGGGAGAAGGUGGUCUUACGGGCCCCCCAGGUCUUCCAGGGAUCAGAGGAGAUCAGGGUCCAGGUGGACUACCAGGUAAGCCUGGCAACCCAGGUGAGAGGGGUCUUCCUGGUCCAAAUGGGGCUUCAGGAAAGCCAGGCCCUAAAGGAGAAUCUGGCCAUAUUGGCCUGCCUGGGAACCCAGGUCUGAUUGGUGCACCUGGGCUUAAAGGAGAAUCAGGUUUCACUGGGGCUCCUGGGCCUCGGGGUCAGUCAGGAAUUCCUGGCCUGCAAGGACCCUCAGGUCCCAUGGGGCCCCAGGGCAUUCCUGGCCUGAAGGGGGACUCUGGCCUGCCAGGGCUACCAGGGAUGGGAAAGAGUGGUGAACACGGGGCCCCAGGGCCACAGGGGCCUCCAGGAAAGCCAGGUCCAGCUGGGCUCAAUGGCAUGGCUGGCCCCCCUGGCCCUCCGGGGCCCCCAGGCCUACCUGGUGCAAGCAAAAAUGGGGAGACCAGGGUAUCCGGGCCGCAGGAAUCCAACCUUGGAGGGGAGGGAAUUCCAGAUGGGAAGAAUGGAAAGCCACAGUUUGGGCGGGAACAUCUCUCAGCAUCUGUGGCUCCAGCCUUCACGGCCAUCCUCACCACACCCUUCCCUCCAUCAGGCAUGCCUAUCAAAUUCGACAGGACCCUGUACAAUGGGCAGAAUGCCUACAAUCCCACCACUGGUAUCUUCACCAGCCCUCUGUCUGGCGUCUACUAUUUUGCCUACCAUGUGCACGUAAAGGGAACCAGCCUGUGGGUGGCGCUCUACAAGAACAAUGUGCCUGCCACAUACACCUAUGAUGAGUACAAGAAGGGCUACAUGGACCAGGCAUCAGGCAGUGCAGUGCUGGAGCUCAAAGAGAAUGACAAGGUGUGGGUGCAGAUGCCCUCUGACCAAGCGAAUGGGCUCUACUCCACUGAAUACAUUCAUUCCUCCUUCUCAGGGUUUCUGCUCUGCCCCACAUAACGCCACCGUUCUUACACCCCUCCCCACCCUCCACCACCCCCACCCAAUCCCCAAACCAAACCCCAAACCUCCGCUCCAUCAGCAGCCAUAAAAUACACGCAACAAAAAAAGACUUGUGAAUGAAAGAUAGGAAGAAAGUCAAAAUUAGAAGGAUACUUCAUACUGUGUCUGCAUUUCUUUCCCUCUUUCAAAUUUUCGUUUUAAUUAUUGGUUUUAAUUUUAGCCAAUAUUAUUAUUAUUGUUGUUAUUAUUGUUGUUAUGAUUAUUAUUAUAAUUGUUGUUAUUAUUUUGCUGUUUUGACAUUAUUGAUGUUUUUUGUUUUGUGGAAUCAGACUAUUGAGUACCUUAAUUUGCAAGUGAUCAUUGUUAAAUUUACCCUGUAUGACUGCACACCCAACCAAACAUUUCACACCAAGGAAACCACACAGCCAAACCCUGGGGUUGCCAGCCUUUUAAUUGGUUGCAGUCCCUUCUACAUUAAUUAUUACAGCUGAAUCAAACCAAGCAUAAUUGGAGAGUUAUCUUCAGAGUAUUAAUCCAUAUAUCUUUACAUAUACUUUUUUUUUUUUGCCAAACAGUACUUUUAAAAGUCUGGGUGUCUUUACUGGGUAUUCAAGAUGUUCAAUACGGUGCUAAUUGCCUGAUUCCACGAUAAGUAUGCUGACGGCAUUGUGAUAAUGCUGGAUGUUGAUGGUUCUGAAUACUGUAUUGUACUUGAUGUUGAUGAAUUCAACACUUUAUCCCUCUUUUUACAAAAAUUAUGACCACAAAACCAACAACAGAGCCUACACCAUUAUUUGUACAAUGUAAUCAAGCUGUUUUAGGACCCUGUUUCUGACGUUUCACUGAUAACAAUAUAUUGUUAGGAAUAUAUAUAUAUAUAUAUGAUCCGUAACAUGACUGAAACAUUAAUAAAUUAACAAGUAAGGGACAGUUCAUGGAUUGAAAGUGUGAGCUUCAUGUAUUUGGAUCAAAUCUGAAGUGAGAGAGGCCGUUCUGAUUUGUUCCUCGUGACACCUUUGCAACCAUUCAAGUAAUGAUUAUCAAAGAUACACAUACACUAUAUCAAAGCUGCAGGUUUUAUUCAAUUACAUACAAUAAUCACUUGGAGUACAUUUCCUUAGCUGCAUAACAGUGCAGUUGAAAAACACCCUCUUUUUUUCGUCAGUGGGUCACACAUUGAAUACUAUCCUGUGGGUGACAUAGCCAACAUCAAAUAAUUAUGAAAUAACAAAAGGUUUUGUGGAAAAAAGGGGAAAUCUAAACCUUAUAUAGCUUGGUACUAAUAAGCAUGACUGGUGUUUAUGAAGUCUAAAAUCAAUCCAUGUUUUGGAAGAGAAGUCAAGCAAAAAUAAUUUCAUGCAUUAUAUUGUAUGCCUUAAGGAUAUAUCUUCUAUCUAUAUUCACUUAAAAGACUGGUCCUGUGUCACCCUAACCAUUUCCACAAAUCUGGCAAAUCAGAAGCCUGAAAAUACAUUUUAUAAGGCAAAAUUAAGAUUUUUGCAUCUCAGGAAAAUUAUAUCAACAUCCUGGUUUGUAUCUUUAAAUUUUUUUUUCCAGCGGGAAGGAUACUCAAUGUUUAAUCAUAAGUUUCUUUAGAUGUGUGUAUCAGCAGUUUACAAUUCUGGUGCACAAAACAACUGAAUAUAAUUUCAAUAUGGAUACACGUCCUCAAACUUUAAACAUAAAACAAUGUAACUGUUCUAUUUACCACAGCUAUGUAUCAAAGAAAGCAAACAAUGAUGAGUAACGAGAGAACCACGUGAAUAGGGUCCUCACAUAAACCGACCUAGGGUUAUCUAUGUGAUGUUUGCUCCAUUGGCAGAAAAUGAUAACUGUGAGAUUAUGAAUGGUCUAUGAAUAACCAGGUCUGUGGGGACACUGAAAAAACGACACUUCAUAAUCAAUUCAAUGUGAUGUGCAGUCACAACUGUUUUUUGUUGGUCUGUAUCCAGAACCCCAGACAUACUCACACGCACAUGCAGACACACACACAUACACAAACUCCCUCACACCCGAUGCCUCAGCAAGCUUAAUGAUGAACUGUUCCAUGAUGGGGAAAUCACACAGCAAAUCACAUCCAAUAUUCAAACCCACUGUUUCCUUUCACCCAAAUUCUUGCAUUUGCACAUGCCUGGGUCCAGUGGGCUGGUUUGGCCCAGGUGUUGCCCAAUGGGAUUAGAGUAAAGGAUUGCUGAUAUAAAGGAUCUUUCUUGUCCAUUGAGAGUAUAGAAUACGGUGGUAAUGCAUGGAGUAUCAGGUGGAAGAGAUAGAAGUGUAGGUUUGCUAUUGCGAAACCAAAUGAUAUUGAUGUAUGAGUUUGCAUAUGUAAAAGAGAUCAGGACUGCUUCAGGCUCAGAGGGUCUAUUACUUAAUUGCUUACCUCUUGUUUUGUCUUUGGACCAAAGAACAGUGAGUGUAGUGGUUCAAAUAAAUUUCAUUUGGCCUACUUCUGGUACAGAGAUAACAAAAGCUGCAGAAAACAAAAUAAACAGUGAUGAUAUCAUCCAGAAAUUCAUGCAAAUUAUGUUAAUAUAUAAGAAUUGUCAAUUAGCACCAUAAAAGCUUUUGUUGAAUAAAUUUGGAUUUUACUUUAAUUAUGCAAAAGGUGUCUAAAAUUCCACUCAUUGCAACCUAGCCUGUCUAUUCUAAUUUGGGAGCUUCUUGUGGACCUUCAAAAAAUAUGUCUUAAUAUUCUGUGCAUUGCCUUCUAGCAUGAGAUUCUUUAGAGAAAAGUGCUGAGACAUGGUUUUAAAGCUUGAUAUGAAGCCUUAUCUUGUUUGCUUAAAACAGCAAACAAAAAAACAAACAGGUAAAUAAAUAACUAGAUAAAUAAAUGAACCCAGUUGUUGUAAUGAGGCAGAACCUUAGUUAUGCCUAAAAUGGUCAGUAUAUUGUAAUCCUUGGUUGUUUAAUUCUGGCCGACGUCUGUGCGCUCUGUCUGUUAAAGGCUAGUCUCUCUCUUUGAAGUCAGUGGUUGCCAGACCUGGAAACAGCAGAAAUGGAGACAUUUUUUAACUGACUCUAAGCCAAGUGCCUGGGUCUUCUGAUAUAGUGGGCAUAACAGUCAUGACAUAUAAUCUAUGCCUACUUGAGAACAAUAUACUCAACCCCCUGUUUGACAUUCUGUUUCAAGGUCACUUUAUACAAUUACAGGUGUGUGUCCUGACCUUGAAAAGGUGAAUUUAAAUAGCAUUUAAAUAAUGCAUUAUAUUUCUGGUUACUUGAUGAAUGUAGGAAAACGUAUAAUUUAUAGCAAAUAUACCUAACUUUGGCUCAAAGUAACACAGUUUCAGCAGUCUACACUGAUUGCAUGAAACCAAAUCUGCAAUGGUAACAGGAACAUCGACUCUUUCAGGUAGACUUAAAUUAGUGCCAUACCUGCACACAGGACUGUAUUCUCAAUUAAAACAUGAUUACUGAUUAUUUUCCAAAUACUAUCCCUGUGUAAUUAGAUAAUUGACUGUGUAAAUAAAUAGAAAUAUGAUUUUAAAUAAAUCAGAAAACAACCCUAAGUGCCCUUGAAAGCAAGUCGAUACCAGCUUAGUUUGUGAAACAACCCAUGCCUUAAAGACAGUAUUCUUAUGUGAUUAUUGCACUCUCACUGGCUCCCUGCCCUCAAACACCAUACACAAUUAACACAAAGUUUUGUAAAUUAUAAUUGCUGUGUGUCUCCUAGACAAUGCAAGGCUUGUUCUUGUUGUGUAUGACAUUUCUAUAUUUUUGUCUCCUCUUUCCAAAUAUAACAUGGCACAUAAAAUCUUCGUGUUGCCAUUUUUUCUAGUGUUUGUAUUUCUGUCGAGACUGAACGCAUUGCAUCAUCACAUUGUUGCACACUAUGCCGCAAGUGUGCAAGAGAAAAAAAUAUAUAUAAUAAUAAUAAUAAUAAUAAUAAAUAAAAAAUAAACCCUGUUUGUCAGAUACAAUGUACUCUUUUUUAUUGACAACUGCUAUCUGCUUUUGCUUUUCAGAACGGGGGAAAAUGUGCUUCGGUUUUUAAGGGAUAUUAAUUGUUUGUUCUAGUAUUGAGAUAAAUGAAAGGGGCCAUUCCCAUUUGCACAUGAAAUUAAUGAAGGUAUAUUUAUACAUUUGUGAUUCUAAGUUAACAGGAAUAUCCACACUGACCACCGGAGUCUGGAAAGUAUAACCGGUAUUUUACAGCAAUGAUGAGUACAGUGCAUUUAGAAUUAGUAAGCACUAGCAUUGCUUGUGAAGGAUUACCAUUGUGUACAUUGUUUUCCUUUUUUUGUGUAAUGUACUAUAUAUCAUGCUAUUUUUUUUCCUUCGUGAAUGGCUAUUACAUGCACUGUAUGUAAUAGAAUUUGGGUAUAAAUGCACUCUGAUUGAAAAUGUUUUGUCUGUUUAUGCUAAAUCUACAGUUCCUGAUUGUAUUGAUACCACAUCAAUAAAUACUUUCUUGUAUAA